AUGAAAUCUGCCGGUUGUAUUGAGUACUGCAACGGCCACUGCGCCAAUCCUACUAGAUGCGGGGCAUGCUACUUCCAGCGGAACAGGCAGCAGCUGCAAGAUCGGUUUCCAUGGAUAACAGCUCAUGCAGCUCCUUUUCGAGUUGGCUGUUCUGUGUGUCAGCAGCUGCCAGCUGGCAAGAAAAGCACAGUCCCAGAUUCGUGGAGAUUGGGUGAGAUUUCCUCAUAUGAUGCUUUGCAAAUGCGCAAGCUGGAGAAGCAUGAGAGCGGCAAGCUACACCAACGUGCGUUGGACAGUCAUGCGGACGUCUCAGAAGUUCGCGCGCCUACCGUGCUGGACUUCACAAGGUUAGCGCAGCACAUGCGGAAGCAAUGCCUUGGCAAGGAUGGACUUCCAGAAGUAGGUGGGCAAAAGAAGUGCAGGAAAAUGGCUUUUUGCCUGGCGGAAGUCUUCCGCGAAUCUAAGCGGGAUGUUUGGCGGGCAAAGAACGGCCUGGACGGCCAACCCUUGCUUGUCAGCACCACUAUCUUUCAAGAUGCCCGCAAGGGAAGAUUGGCUGUGCGGUUCACUGCAGCCAGCUCCGCGGGAAGCAAGAUUAGUGGCCACAUGGGGUCCGUGCGAUUGUCCGACGGCUGCGAUUCUGUUUCCCUGACAGAAGCAACAAUGAAGAUCAUUCGCAACUUUUGUACUCCGUGCACAAACAUCCCUCACCUGGAGUCGCUGCACGGCACUGCAAGUCCCAUGGAUCAGGGGCUCUUUGAAAAAGUGAAGGCUUCUAUGGAAACCUUUGUUUCCGAUUCCGCGAGCGAUGAGCUGAGGGCUGGUUUCAUGCUAGCUGAGCAGACCACUUCUGGGCUCAUGGUGGAGACACUGCCUCAAAUGAAAGUGGUGAUGAGGGACCGCCCCCAUGCCACACGGCGCAACCUAAGCAGGAACUGGAAAGCCGACGCGUUUCUCGAUGAGGUGGCCAACGCAUUCCUCUUCGCGGCGGAUUCCCCUGUACGCAUGAUCCAGUACUCCCAUAUCUUCCGCGAUUGGUUUUGUGAAAACAUCCGGAGGCAAAACCCCAACUUGAGCUGUGUGCAAGUGAACGAUCACAUGAAGAAUUUGAAUUUCGUGGCACACAGGUUCGAAUCCACGGCGCGCCCCUUCCUGCAGACUGUGAGUAAGAUUGCGCUGCAGCGCAAGGCAGAAGACGCAGGCAAGUCUGCAGCCAAGUUUUUGACGUGGCUUGACUAUGAGCGGUGUGUUCAGGUGGCAAUGCUGGGCGACUGUGCCAUUGAGAACCUCGAGCUGACGAGGUUGGUAGACUUCGAGGGGUUCCCUGUCGAGGACUUUCCCGGUCAGCUGAUUUCGUUUAGGGCGCGGAUCAGGUCCUUAUUCACUGGUGGUGCACCGGCCUGUUUGGACACCGGCUUGACCCGUCACAUGCUCAAAAUUCUGGGAAAGCGAACGAUGGCCUUCAGUAUUCCCUCUUCACGCGGCGGUGUGGAUGCCGUGCAACUCAUGCCCACGGAUGAUCACGCUGCAGCUUUGACAGUGGGGAAAUGCCUCUCGCGAAUGUCAGGCUGGGUAGCACUGACUGAGAGGACAUUGGAGGCUGAAUUCCCGCACUUUGAGACGCAGCAGUCCUUCAAGAUUUUCAGCCUGUCCGACGCCACGGAACGACCCAAUGGAUCCCAUUUCUGCCGCUCCAAAGAUUUGUCUAGGCUUCUGAAGGCGUAUCGUUUGCCAGAGCCUGAUCUGCAAUCAGAUAUCGCUGAUCAAGCAAGCCGACUGUGGUACGUGGCCAGGCGCACCGCCACGGAAGAGAAACUGAACAGCGUAGACUGUUGGAUCUCAGCCGUGAAGCAGGCCACCCGCACGAAUACACCGCAGACCCGAAGCUCUGUCGCGGCUGUUCUACCCAUCCUGGUGAGGUACUGGGCAGCGGGUGGCAGCACAUCUGGCGUGGAGCAAGCUUUUAGCCGUUCCCAGCAAUUGACUGACAACUUGAUGAUUGAUGGGCACAUCGAUGACGUUCUUGAGGCAUCCCUGGUCAUCGACAUACCCCCAGCAGAGCUGCAGACAAUUGCCCGGAAGGCGGCCGCUGUGUGGUUGCAGGUCUACGGCCCAACAAGGAUCUCCGGGUCGGCGCAUCGCGCGAAGGGUGUCAAACGCAUGGUGGAGGAAGUCCGCGCUGGUCGGGGCGCUGACUUGUUAGACUCCUUGGGCAUGGACGACUUGCAGCUGGUGCUGGACGGAUUGCAAAAGAAGGCGAAAACGGAUUCAGACUACGUCAAGGACCGUGCAAGGAAGAAUGCCCUGGCGGCUCCGCCGACUUUGCCAGACUUGGAAGCAGCCCCCGUGCACGUGUCGGAAGCCUUGCGAGAUUCGGCAGACAUCCAACGAGCUCUUCAGACGAAACAUGCUGUUGUCGUGGCCCUGGAGGACGAAAGUGCACGAAAGCCUUUCCCACAGUUAUGA